UCCAAUCGUAUAGUUCGACGCUGUAACAAAUAAACAAUUUGAAAAGAAAGCAUAAAUAAAUUAAUUACAUAAUAAUACAAAUUAUUUAAGAACCAAGCAACUUUAAACACAACGAAAUAGUUAAACAGCAUAAAAUCUGUGAUUAACAUCAAAUUAGACUUUUUUAUUUUCAGGAAAUGCACGAGUCUUAGGAUUGUAAAGAAUUCAAUCAACGAUAUACCAUAAAAGUAUCCUAAAAUAAUGGCAACGCCAGCACCAGUAGCCAAUAUUUCUGCACCACCAGUUGCUGUGGUGCCGACUCCAGCUGCUGUAGCGCAGCCAGUGGUCACCCCUACAGCAGCCGUGGAGACUGCAGCGCCGUUAGCAGCGCCAGCGGCAGCUCCAGUAGCUGUCUUGGAGACUCCUGUUCCUGUGGCAGCUCCUGUAGCAGCUGUGGUGACUCCAGCUGCAGUAGUAGAAACCACUGUUCCGGUGGCAGCUCCCGUUGCAGCUGUGGUGACUCCAGCACCGGCAGUAGAGCGAGUUGCAGAACCGCAAGCGACUUCAGCCGUUGUUGAGGAGGUUCCAACUGCUGCUGCAGCACCAGUAGCAGAGACGGUGGCGGCUCCAGUCUCGGUCGUGGAGACUCCAGCUCUAAUAGCAACUAUAGCAACUCCAGCGCCUGGCAUAGAUCCAAUUGCAGUCGUUGAAAUUCCAGCGCCAACAUCAGAGCCUUUGGUAACUCAAAUGGCUGAACCAGCGCCACCUUCAGUAACACAGCCUGUGACAACUCCGACACCAAUAGUAGAAGCUGCAUCAACUCCAGUAGCUGUAUUAUCAGUUGUGAAUUCUCCUGCUCCGGUGGAGACUGCCACACCAACUGUGGUGGCUCCAGCGGCUGUCGUGGCAACUCCAGCUCCAGUAGCGGAGCCUGUGGCAACUCCAGUUCCAGUAGCGGAGCCUGUGGCAACUCCAGCUUUAGUAGCGGAGCCUGUGGCAACUCCAGCUCCAGUAGCGGAGCCUGUGGCAGCUCCAGCUCCACUCCAGUGGCAGAGCCUGUGGCAACUCCAGCUCCAGUACCGGAGCCUGUGGCAACUCCAGCGGCUGUCGUGGCAACUCCAGCUCCAGUAG